AUGAAGAACUCAAUGACCUUUGACGAACAGACGAAAAUUGUGGAAGCUUUACUUAGUAAUUUCUUAGUGAAAAAUCUACCCAUAGCUUUUUGUCAAAGUAGUCCGCAUGUCCCUAAAACAGCUGCUGGGGAUGCUACAAGCAAUUUUAACCCAGUUACUAUUGUGAACCAACUGCAAUGCAUAGGAGAUCAAUAUAACAGGGACCUGAAUCAGCACAUUGAUACGCUUGCUGCAGAGAUGUUGGAAGGAAAGGUGGAGAAAUUUGGAGAAAUAGUGGAGUCUCUCAGCAAGGAAUGGAGUAGCCAUAGUCCUGGUCUGGAGUAUGAAAGAGCUUUCCUGGCUGUCUCUGUGAGGUUAUUUAAGGACCUUGAAAAAAUUCCUCCUGUGGCUAGUUCAGCUUUACUUGCAGGGCUAAUCAAUGGAAAUAUCCAAGUGAGAUGCUAUAUUGAAGAGCAUGGUGGCUGGGUAAGUUAAUGUUCAAUUUUGUUUUGCAUUUGUGUUGAUUGUGUUUGAAGUUUACUGGUUUACUGUUGAUUAGAAUAUCUAAUGCAGUAUGCAUGUGAUAGUGAGUAAACUCCAGCAC